CUUCUCGUCGGCCUCAUCGGACUGCCAUUUCCUAGCUUCGCAGGUCCUCCAGGUUCGGACGCCUCUGUUUCCCGGUGCUCCAAGUUCCACUCCUUGCCGGUGGAAAGUGCGAGAUCUUCUUCAGUUGGUUCCCCUCUUGAGCAAAAUCAAGAAAGCCCUUAUAUCCUCUCUAAGCUUCUCCAGGUUGGUUCUUGGAUUACAACAUCCUAUAAUUCAGCAGGUCAUGAUAGCCAACAGUUUGUAGUUUUCGUGGUACAAGAUAUACAAGAUGCUUGACUGUGGUUACAAAGCACAAUAUAUGGAUGGCCAGAAAGAGAAAUUUGUGAGGCUGGAAGAAUCAAGCCCUACAUUUUCCUGUACUUCUGACACUGGCAGAAUGAAUAGAUGUGCAUUCAAUGUUGAGGGACUUAGUCGAGGAUCAAAGAGCUCAACAAAAUCCUCCAAGGGAGGGUUGAGAAAGGGAUCUGAAGGAUUUAAGUUGCUAGGUCGAUCUCUUCGGUUCGGUGCUUCCAAGGAAGUUUUUCCAGAAGAUCUGAAAGUAUCUGAGAAGAAAAUUUUUGAUCCUCAAGACAAAUUUCUUUUCCAUAUGAACAGGCUUUUUCUAAUAUCAUGUAUUCUUGCAGUAUCAGUGGAUCCAUUAUUUUAUUAUCUUCCCAUCAAAGAUGAAAAUGAAAAAUCAAUGUGUCUUGGUAUAGACCGAAAGCUAGCAGUUGUAUCAACUACAUUGCGAACAAUCAUUGAUUUUUUCUAUCUUAUUCGAAUGGCUCUUCAAUUCCGCACUGCUUACAUUGCUCCAUCAACCCGGGUUUUUGGCAGAGGUGAACUUGUUAUUGACCCUACACAGAUUGCAAAGCAGUACCUAAGGAGCAACUUUGUUGUUGACUUUCUUUCGGUGCUACCACUUCCACAGAUUGUAGUUUGGAGGUUUCUUCAAAGAUCUAAAGGUUCUGAUGUAUCGGCCACAAAGAAUGCAUUGUUGGCCAUUGUUCUGCUACAGUAUAUUCCUAGAUUACUUCGCAUUCUUCCUUUAACAUCAGAACUGAAAAGGACAGCUGGUGUCUUUGCGGAAAGUGCUUGGGCUGGUGCUGCGUACUAUCUAUUGUGGUAUAUGCUAGCUUGUCAUAUAGUUGGUGCUUGCUGGUACUUGUUGUCUGUUAAGCGUGAAGAUGAUUGUUGGCAUUCAGCUUGUAAGAAUAACAGCACUGUCUGUAACAUAAAUUACUUGUAUUGUGGUAAUGAGCAUCUUGAUGGUUAUGACAAAUGGAAGAAUGCCAGUGGACAGGAUCUUCUGAAUUACUGUUCACCUGAUGAUAACAAUCAGUCCUUCAAUUUUGGAAUCUUUGCACAGUCUUUGACCUCUGGUGUUGUUGCAUCAAGAAAGUUCUUUUCCAAACUUGCUUAUUGUUUCUGGUGGGGUUUGCAGAAUCUGAGUACCCUUGGCCAAGGGCUGCAAACAAGUACUUUUCUGGAGGAGGUUAUCUUCUCAAUUGCAAUUGCUGUGUUUGGACUCAUUCUUUUUGCCCUCCUUAUAGGUAACAUGCAGACAUAUCUUCAGUCGAUAACAAUACGACUUGAAGAGAUGAGAGUUAAAAGACGUGAUUCAGAGCAGUGGAUGCACCACCGGAUGUUACCAUCAGAACUCAGGGAACGAGUUAGACGAUAUGAUCAGUAUAAGUGGUUGGAGACGAGAGGAGUGGAUGAAGAAGGUCUGGUUCAGAGCCUUCCCAAGGACCUUAGGCGGGAUAUCAAACGUCAUCUCUGUUUAGCUUUGGUGACGAGGGUCCCUCUGUUCGAGAACAUGGAUGAGCGUUUGCUAGAUGCGAUUUGUGAACGGCUAAAACCUACUCUUUAUACAGAGAAUACUUAUAUCUUGAGGGAGGGUGAUCCUGUAGAUGAGAUGCUCUUCAUCAUCCGAGGACGCUUGGAGAGUAUAACCACCGAUGGUGGAAGAAGUGGAUUUUUCAAUCGAAUUCUUUUGAAAGAACGUGAUUUCUGUGGUGAAGAGUUGUUGACCUGGGCUUUGGAUCCAAAGUCCGGUGGUAAUCUGCCAACUUCCACUAGGACAGUGAAAGCCUUGAAGGAGGUCGAAGCUUUUGCAUUAAAUGCUGAUGAAUUAAAAUUUGUGGCAAGCCAGUUCAGGCGCCUCCAUAGCAGACAAGUGCAGCAUACAUUUCGCUUCUAUUCGCCGCAGUGGAGGACCUGGGCUGCUUGCUUUAUCCAAGCUGCAUGGCGGCGCUACAGCAAGCGGAAGAUAGCAGAACUCCGACGGAAGGAAGAAGAGGCAGGACUCAGGAAGAACUUGGUCAGAGGCACAUCAAGCCUAGCUGCAGCCAUCUACGCAUCGCGAUUUGCAGUAAAUGCCCUCCGCAGCGUUCAUCGACUCCGGAACAGAAGUGUCAUGGAGUUGGUGAGAUUGCAAAAACCACCAGAGCCUGAUUUCACUGCAGAGGAUGCUGAUUAAAUAUAAUUCCCCUUAUCCAUGGCAGAAGUAAUACCAAGUAUGGCAAAGAUGUGUGAUGCACACCUUCGUUCCUCUCUUAGUUUUGGUUCUAAGCAUGCAUGGGGUAUUAAACUUCAAUGUAAACUAAGCAGCAGUUUAUGCAGGACCUGAUGGUGACCAAAAACUAAUUAGGGUAAGUGGCGAGUCUGUCAUUUAUGCCUGUAUAUUUGAUAUCUUCUAAUAUCGUGUGCAUUAUGGAUCUCUGACUUUUUUA